CUCGAUCCAGUAGCAUAACAAGCGUCUGGUGGAAAAACUGUAUCUCGGUGGAACGUACUUUCUUUCGCCCGUUUACUGGAACAGUGAGCGCAACAAACCGAGUUUUACUCGAAGUUGGAAUUUACGUGAAGUGAAAGAAGAGUGAAGGUCCUUUAUCAGUGAGCUUCACAGAGUCCUUUUAUGUAAGAAGACAGUGCCGGAGAGACGUGGGACAGAGACUGGAGGAGGAGAGACACUGGGAGCCACACAGACUUGUGUCCUGGACCUGUGCUCGUGUUAUACAGUCGAGUCGAGACAUCGUCUCCUUCAUCCGGACACAGGGAAUAAACUUGAGGGGAGGAGAAAAAUCGAUCGAGACGUUUUCCACUUGUCUUGGUGUAGACACGCGCAGGUGUUGGAGCUGAAUCAUGGAGGCCAUUGCCAAGUAUGAUUUCAAUGCGACUGCUGAUGAUGAGCUGAGUUUUAAACGAGGAGAAAUCCUAAAGGUAUUAAAUGAAGAAUGUGAUCAGAACUGGUACAAGGCAGAGCUGAACGGCAAAGAUGGCUUCAUCCCCAAGAAUUACAUAGAAAUGAAGGCGCACCCGUGGUUCUUUGGGAGGAUUCCUCGGGCAAGAGCAGAGGAGCUGCUGAACAAACAGAGGCAUGAUGGAGCUUUCCUUAUUAGAGAGAGCGAGAGUGCGCCUGGGGACUUCUCCCUGUCUGUGAAGUUCGGCAAUGAUGUGCAGCAUUUCAAGGUGUUGCGCGAUGGAGCAGGAAAGUACUUUUUGUGGGUUGUAAAAUUCAACUCCCUCAACGAGCUGGUGGAUUACCACCGCUCCACUUCAGUCUCUCGAAACCAACAGAUCUUUCUACGUGACAUCGAGCAGGUGCAUCAGCACCCCUCAUAUGUGCAGGCCCUAUUUGACUUUGACCCUCAGGAGGAUGGAGAGCUGGGCUUCCGUCGCGGUGACUUCAUCCAGGUCCUGGACAACUCGGAUCCUAACUGGUGGAAGGGUGCAUGCCAUAGCCAGACAGGCAUGUUCCCGCGCAAUUACGUCACACCUGUCAAUCGGAACAUGUAAACAAUAAAAGUAUAGGUCCCUUUUUUUCCAAACACACACACACACACAACGCCCCUCCUCAAAUAAGCCUAAAUGUCCCCCUCUGCCUCAACACCCUGUGUUUUGCAGAGUGAAAAGAGAAAAAUGGAAACUGAAAAAAAUGGAGGGAAAAAAAAAGGUUUAGUAAAGUGUUUCAUUUCUCCAGUGACGUACGGGCAAAAAUCACUGCUGAUUCCUGAGAAUUAUUGAUUGCAUCACUAUGUAUGAACGCUUGCAGCCAGGGUCUAAUGAGCUCAAGCUUAGUGCAACACCACGCAAAUUAACACCAAAACAAUCCUCUGUGUAGAUUUCCCCUGCUCCGUCUGCCUCCCCAUCUUCUCUUUUUCAAUACCUUUUCAUUGAAGUGCAUUUUUCCUUUCAUUAAGUUUUGGCUGCAUGUUUUAAUGGCAUUGUAACAGGAAAUCUUGAGGCCAUUUUAUGUUUAACAAAAGGAAAAAAAAAAAAAAAACACCACACAUUAGAUAGAUGUCAUUUAAAAAAAAAUCUGAUGCUAAUUACAAGUUAAAGUCUGAAAUAACAGGCACAAGAACUUUUUACAUCAGUUUUUGGCCAUGAAAAUAUACAUAGAGAGAGAAUCCAUUUUUAAGAAGAUAUAUAUUAUAUAUUUGUAUGUGUUUUUGUCUUUUUAUCUUUCCACACAUUGUUUGUUCAGAUGUAAAUUAUGUUCAGUUGUUUUUGGACGAAGCGGAGUAGCUCUGGGACAUGCUGAAUCGUCAGUAUAAUUUUUGAUGAAUUAUAAUCUGAUUUCUCAGAUACAUCAGCAUGCUAUUUAACUCGCCACAUAGUCCGUUUGGAGAAAAGAAAAGUUAGCGUUGGAGCUGCAUCUUCUUAAACGUAACUGUUUAUCAGGACUCUUUCAGUGACGUGCAGGUAAGAGCCAUUUUAUCCUGCAGGAGUUUGUCUAAUGUGAAAUUGUUGUGAGGCCAGCCACCAUUCAAAGCCAAGGUAUUUACUGCAACCCAUCCCCCCCCCACUCCACCCCGGGCCGUGAAUGUAGCUGACUUUAGACCUUAGAAAUGAGCAUGAGGGAAGUAAGGUCACUGUCCUGAACCACACACUUGCUCAAGAUUUCAGAGGCGCAUCUAUUUACAGUGUCAUGACCAUGUAUGCAUACACAUGAUACAAUAUGCACUAGGCGUGUAUACACAUUUUAAACAGAAGAUUGAUCUUUCAUUAUGAUGUAUUUCGCCAGUCCCAAAACUGGCACCAAUAAUACCAGUAUGCGAAACCAUAGAGUCUGUAUGUGAAUAGUAGAGAUCAGCUUUACUGAUGUAACUCUUGUUUUGUUUUGUUUUUCCCCUUCUCUCCAUUAGUAUUGUGUGUUUCGAGCACUUUGUGUCAGCAAUUUUGAUUCCUUUGUUUUAUGUAAGUUUUUUUUUUUUUUUUUUUUCCCUCCUCCAACAAUUUUUGUUAUUGUUCUUUCUGGAUUAGUGCCUUUUUCUCUGGUGUCCGUGUCUCCAGCCUGCAGCUUUGGCCUGUGUGUUGGUCAGUCCCACAGUGAGAGGCAGUGAAACACCAUUAUUUCCUUGUACACACUUCCCCAUUCGACACUCAGCACCAGUGUCUACAUGGAACCAAUCCUUCCUAUUUAAAUGUCUCACCUUCUGUUACUUAAAGAACAGGUUUUGAGCGUUUCUUUUUGUUAUUGUUUUUUGGGGGGCUUUUUUUUUUUUAAUUUGCUUUUUUUUUCCAAAAUUAAUAAAAAAUGAAAUUCUAAAAA